GGGCCCCGGCCUCCGGAGCCCUUCCUGUGGACGACGAAAGCUGAGGCCGCGCGCGGGGAGGCAGUGGCCUGGGGGACAGGGCGGCAGCUGCUCGGGGCCGGGAGGCCCCAUGGCGCCCCCCCCAGCCCCGCUCCUGGCGCUGAGACCGGGGGAGACCGGGGUUGGUUGUAAGAAGCCUGGGGCCGUGAGCUUCGCGGACGUGGCCGUGUACUUCUCCCCGGAGGAGUGGGGGUGUCUGCGGCCCGCGCAGCGGGCCCUGUACCGGGACGUGAUGCGGGAGACCUACGGCCACCUGGGCGCGCUCGGAUUCCCAGGCCCCAAACCAGCCCUCAUCUCUUGGAUGGAACAGGAGAGUGAGGCUUGGAGUCCCGCCGCCCAGGAUCCUGAGGAGGGGGAAAGCCUGGGAGGAGCUCUGAGAGGAGGCACCCCAAACAAGAAGAAAGAGGCACCAGAGGAAGGGCCAGGAGCCAAGGGACCCAGAAAGACUCCUGGGAAGGAGCCUUCUAAAGAGCUGGUUAAACACAACCCUGACUGGACCGUAAGAAAGGUUUCGGCAAGAGCACAGCAACCCACCCACGCUGCCUGGAACCAGAGCACAGGUGUGCAGCCCUCGGUCCCGGUGCCGGGCGUGGACACUCAGGACAGCCAGCGGCGUCACGUGUGUGCGGACUGUGGCCGCCGCUUCACCUACCCCUCGCUGCUGGUCAGCCACCGGCGCAUGCACUCAGGGGAGCGGCCCUUCCCCUGCCCCGAGUGUGGCAUGCGCUUCAAGAGGAAGUUCGCUGUGGAAGCCCACCAGUGGAUCCAUCGCUCCUGCUCUGGGGGGCGGCGGGGUCGGAGGCCUGGGAUUCGGGCUGUGCCUCGGGCUCCGGUGCGGGGGGACCGGGACCCGCCGGUGCUGUUCCGACACUACCCGGACAUCUUUGAGGAGUGCGGGUGAGCUGCUCCAGCAGGCUGGGGUGGAGCCUGACCUUGGACUGCCUGGGCCCCCCAGGGAGGCUCCUGAGUCAGGGAUUUGGGAACCAGAAAUUCAUCCCUUGGGCUUCCCUCGAGGAUCCCUCAAGUUUUCAAACUUGUAAAAAGAAAAGUGCCUGUAAAGAUUCAAAUAGAUUAAACUUGACGCUACUCCCCUCUCAGGCUUUCCAAAAAACUGAAGAGGGUAGACUUUUCUCAAAGUGUUCAUCUCAGCAGCACAUGCCACCGAGAUCUUUCUGGGGUCUCAGAAACCAGCCCUUGCUGCUUCUCUACAGAGGAAGCAAAUGCUGAGGGGACUAAGGCCUGGGGAGGCCCCAGGGGGUGGCGAAGCCCUGGCUAAUUGACAGCAGCAGGGAGU